UCAAAAAAUUUUCUAAAAAAUCAAAAGAAAAUGGCGUUCACAGGAACAUUGGAUAAAUGCAAGGCUUGUGACAAAACUGUUUAUGUUGUGGAUAUGUUGACUCUCGAAGGAAUUCCUUACCAUAAAACUUGCUUCAAAUGCACCCAUUGCAGGGGGAACCUUGUGAUGAGUAACUAUUCCUCCAUGGAUGGAGUUCUCUACUGUAAGACUCACUUCGAGCAACUAUUCAAGGAAUCUGGCAAUUACAGCAAGAAUUUUCAAUCAUCAAAGGAGAAGAACAGUGAAUAUACCAAGGCUCCCAACAAACAUUCAUCCUUCUUUAGUGGAACCCAAGACAAGUGUGCUGCAUGUCACAAGACAGUGUAUCCGUUAGAGAAGAUGUCGAUGGAAGGGGAAUGUUACCACAAGUCGUGCUUUAGGUGCGCCCACGGAGGGUGCGCUUUGACACACUCAUCGUAUGCUGCUCUGGAUGGGGUCCUGUAUUGCAAGCACCAUUUCGCUCAGCUUUUCAUGGUCAAAGGGAACUACGCCCAUGUUCUCCAAGCUGCUUCCCACAAGAGAAAUAAUAGCUCUUCAUCUCAGGAUAAUGCCGAAACCAAGAUGACUCCUAAGAUAAAAACUUCACUUUUAAUACGCCACCAUGGUUUAUUAUAA